CAUACGGGAUAUGUGGCUGACCGCUGAUCUGCAAAUGAUUCGCGGGCUUCCUAAGCAGCAUGGCGGUGUUUAUAUUCAGUAAAAAGCAAUCUUUCCUUGGAAUCCUGUGUUGCUCCCGAUUCAGAAUUUUAGAUUACAACAGUGGAGACUGCAAGUUGUUCUGUGACUUGUCAGAGCUAGAAUCUCUAGUGAAAGAAGAGCAAGUAGAAAAAAAGACAACAGACCCAAAACAAGAGCUCAGCGUUGCACUUGGUCAUGGUGUAGUCGGAGCUUUCUCACCCUCAGGGAAUCUAUUUGCUAUUUGCACAAACCGAAAGACUUUAGUGGUCUGGAAUACAUCCUCCUGGGAGUAUGUCAGUAAAAGAAAACUUACCAAGCGUGCCACGGCCAUCUCUUUUACUCAAAAAGAGGACACCGUCAUUAUUGCUGACAAGGCAGGAGAUGUUUAUCAAUAUUCAGCUAAAGAUUCAGUGGCAAAGCCAUCACUUCUUCUAGGUCACCUUUCCAUGAUAAUGGAUAUGGUGGUAACAGAUGACAAUAAGUUUAUUGUCACUGCAGACAGAGAUGAGAAAAUUCGAGUCAGUCAUUAUCCCAACUCGUACAACAUAGAGGCAUUCUGUCUUCAACACCAAGAUUUUGUUAGUAAAAUUUGUCUUCUCAGCAAGUCUGGAGUCCUAGCUUCUGGUGGAGGGGAUGGAUCAAUCCAUUUUUGGGACUUUAGGAUCGGUAGACUAUUACACACUGAACAAAUGGAAGAAGAAAAAGGUCAACAAAUCACUGAGGAUGGAAAUAAGGAGAAGCAGAAAGUCUCUGAGGUGGUUGCUUGUAUGGCAUGCUGCCAAAAGAACCAUGUAGUCUGUGUAGUUGGGGAAGGUUCCUGUGAGAUACAGCUCUUCAGCGUUCACCAAAAAUCUGUUACAAAGCUAGAUACCAUAGUCACCAGCACACCUCCCUGGCAUGUGACUUUUGACCCAGAUGGCAGAUUGUGGUGUGUCCAACCCAAUCCUAAAGAGCCAGUUCUCAUAUUCCAGGCAAAGUGUACUGGACCUGAUUUAAAGUUCUCCAAAUUAGAAUCGCCAGCGAAGCUUCCCAUAUAUACAUCUGCAAGUGACUGGCAGUACCUAGAAGAAUGUACAUCGAAAGAACCACAUCUGUCAACGCUACGUAAGAAAGAAGUUGACAAUAUGACCGAAUAUUUGACGAGAAAGGAGGAGAGAAUUAAACAGAAGAAAGACAAAAUAGCUGCUAUGAGCUCCCCAGCUAAGAAAAUCAAGGUUACAUAAUAUUGAUGGGCGAUUGUUGCAAUUUUGUAUAUUAAAAUAAAAUCAGAUAAACGUUAA